GGCCGCAAGAUGUACCUACAAGUUUGGAAAAAUCAGCACCGGACUUUUGCACCGUAUAUGUUAUCUACAAAGGAAAGAUACACUCAAUGCGUGCUUCUAAUAUUUGUCAAGUACCGUCUUCUAAUUUGAACGCCAAAACCACAAGGUCUAACAAGUCUGGAAGCUCUAAGUCUAGUUACAGCAAUGGCACCGACAAUCAAUCCAACACCUCAGGCCAUUCGUCUUCUAGAUCACAAGGAUCUUCCAGAUCGAAAGGUAUGGGGCAAUCAAAUAGUCCAUACAGGAGCACUAGAAAUGAUAAUAAUGCCACCAGGUAAUAUUUUAUGAUUGAGUUUUUGUAAAACUCUUUCUACUAAAUUUACCAUACUGGUAUAAAAAAAAAAAGGCAACAUAUAUAUUAGACUUCGUAUUUGGUUGUUUACAACUCUUGACACAAACAUGACUGUACAUUAAGUUACCACGCACAGUUUCUAAUCACCUACUCGAUCAUUGUCUUCCAGAGCGCAAGGUACAGGGCGUCCAACUAGUCCAUACAACAACCCGGCUAGUCCAUACAACAACCCUGCUAGUCCGUACAACAACCGUAUAGGUAGUCCAUACAACAACCCUAUAGGUACUCCGUACAACAACCCUAUAGGUAGUCCAUACAACAACACUAAAGAAGAUAAUUCCUACAGAUUUCAAGGUAUGGAGCAACCAACUACUCGUGCUCAUAACGCCAACAACUUCGACAACCCCUCUAGAUCGCCGGAUAAAGGGCAAACUUCUAAACAUCGACACAGCUCAAGUUUUGAAAAUUCAUUGCGACUUCAAAACAUGGGGCAACCACCUACACAUCCACACAACAAUAAUAGCUUCGAUAAUACUCCAAGGAACCAUAAUCGACAGGGUAGCGGCGGCAAGCCUAGUGAAAACAAUGAGCCACGUUCUCGAACAUUGUCAAGAAGUCAAAGCUUCGCUUCAGAUGAGCUGGAUGAUGAAAUGAGGCAAUUGAAGCUCGAAGUUAAGCAAACAAUGGAACUCUAUCAUACAAUAUGCAAGCAAUCUGCAACGGCAAAGCAACAUGAUGAGCUUCUUCAAAGUAUAGGAAAUGAAGACAGCAUUGAGAAUAUAAAGCUAGCAAGAGAGGGCGCGAUGAUUGUGGCAGAAUUAGAACGACAAAAAUGUCAAGCAGCAUUGAACGCUGCACAGAUGACAGAACGAUUAAUCGAAAUGGAGACUCGAAAAAGAAAAAUUGUGGAGGAGAGAGCCGCUAAACAAGAAGAGAAUGGACAGAGAACAAGAAGCUCUAGCCAAGUUAGCCAUCGAGAAUACACCUUUAAAGAGAUUGAAGUUGCAACGAAUAAUUUCUCGGAUACAUUGAAGAUCGGGGAAGGAGGGUAUGGACCUGUCUAUCGAGCUGUUCUUCAGCAUACCCCUGUUGCAAUUAAGGUUUUGAGGCCAGAUGCAUCACAAGGACUUAAGCAAUUUCAACAGGAGAUUGAAGUGUUAGGACGAAUUAGACAUCCAAACAUGGUACUUCUCCUAGGAGCCUGUACGGAGUAUGGGUGCCUCGUGUACGAGUACAUGGAGAACGGGAGUUUAGAAGACAGACUGUUCUGCAGGAACAAUACACCUCCCAUCCCUUGGAAGACUAGAUUCAAGAUUGCAGCAGAGAUAGGAAGCGCGCUUUUAUUCUUGCACGAGGCCAAGCCAGAGCCAAUGGUACACCGCGAUCUCAAGCCAGCAAACAUCCUCCUAGACGGGAACUACACAAGCAAGAUCGCCGAUGUAGGACUAGCACGACUAGUCCCACCAGCAGUGGCAAACCAAAUAACACAGUACCACAUGACAGCUGCAGCGGGAACAUUCUGUUACAUAGAUCCAGAGUAUCAGCAAACAGGAAAACUCGGGACAAAGUCCGAUGUUUAUUCACUAGGAAUCAUGCUGCUACAACUUAUCACGGCAAGACCUCCUAUGGCAUUGUCUUACCAUGUUGAAGAAGCUAUAGAUGAAGGGACUUUCAGGGAAAUGCUCGAUCCGUUAAUCCCAGAUUGGCCUGUUGAGGAGGCCUUGUCACUUGCUAAAUUGGCUCUCAAGUGUAGUCAGAUUAGGAAGAAGGAUAGACCACAUUUGGAUUCUGUUGUAUUGCCAGAUUUAAUUCGGUUGAGAGAUUUUGCAUUCAAAUCAUAAUAAGUUGAGGGUGGAAAUUGUAACAUGUUGUAGCAGAAGUCUUUUGUAAAUCAAUAAAGAUCAGAGUAUAAAGUAGGGGAAAAAAAAAUGCAUGGUUGUUAUACUUUUAGAUGUACUAGUCACAAAAUUGUAUAGUGAUUAUUUUUGAAGUAACUCUCUUAAUUAGGCUUUGU